UUUUACCAUAAACAAAAACAACAUCGAGCGGGUUGGACGCGUGCGGAUGCUUCGCGUCGUUUUGUUGUUGUAUUUUCAAACAAAUGGCCGCCGACGCGUGUGCCCAAGUCAAAAAAUAAGUGUUUAAUGUUUUAAUUGUAAAUGUGGAGCAACAAUUGUUAAGUGUUUGCAGCGUAUAAUUUUUUAUUUAUUUGAAAUCUUGUUGAAGCAGCAGUUAAAUGCAAAAGCCGUUUUCGUACUUGCCUGUAUGUGUUGGAGUCAUUCGUGUGUGCGCGUGUGUGUGUGUGUAUGUGUCGACAAAGUGCAUGUGCACGGAAAUAAAGUGCCGCAUAUAAUAGCAAAUUAAAACAAAUUUAAUGUUUUCUUGUGUCUCAAUUAACAACGAAUUAAGUUGAUAAAUGUGCUAAAAAAUCAAAGGAUAAAUCAAGCAACUAGCAGGUAUCGAUACAUGCACACACAUAUGCAGAAAAACCGACAGCGAAUGCAGUGCGUGCAUCUGUGUGUGUGAGGGCGACAAAUUCGCUCGCGUGUGUGUGUGAGGGGAGAAAAAAGAAAAGAAGAAGAAGCAGCAGCAGCAAACCAUCGCUUUGCGCUUGCUUUUGCAUUUGAUUUUGCGAUUACAUGUGUAUUUGCUGUCCCCGGGGUUCAAAUUCCAAUUUGAAUUUGAAUUUGCAAAGUUGCGCAUGCGUUGUCGUGAAAACAAAUUGUGUUUGUUCUUUGUGAAAUAAAUCAAAAAGAGUUUUUGGCACAGAAAGUGAAUUGAAAGGCAAUUGCUGUAGUUACCACGCGUCCCUCUCUGUCUCUGGCAAUCACCUCAUCCACAUUCUCAACAUUGGAUUGGAGUGGAGCCAACAACAUUGUUGGUCACUUUUCACAAUAAGUGAAAUUAGCAAUUAAUUUUUUAUCAAAAUAACGAAAAGCGUAUUUUGCAUAAAACAAACGAACGGAAAGCGAAGGAAGAAAAAUAAAAAAGGGAAACGAAAACAAUCAAAAAAGGAAAAAAAGUAAAUCGAGGCAGGAACUGGAACUGAGCCCACACAAAGGUCGCGAUUCACACAGCGGAACGGUGGCAUGAAACGAAACCAGCAACAUGAUGGCAGACAUGCAAAUUUGUGCAUUUUAAAUACAUCAACAACAACAACAACAACAACAACAACAACAACAACGAAACGCGAAUAGCAACAAAAAGCAGAUUUUAAGCAAAUUAAUUAAAUUAACAUACACAUGGAAAUCGGAACCAAAAAACAAAAAUAAAAACAAUUAGCAACCAACACUAUGGAAGCUGUUGCCACAAAAGCGAGACAUGCAAAUGAAACGGAAAGAGUAAUAAAAGAAGUAGAAAAAGAAGUUCAAGAAGAUGUAGAAGAAAGUGUAAUGACAGAAACUGCGAUUACGAUUGCGACGUCAUUUUGUAGCAACCAAGAGACUGAAAUAGCGGCCAUGAUGAAGUGCGGUGAUGUUGCAACUGCAACCAACGGCACCAACAUCGAUACAACAACAACAACAACAACUAAAACAACAACGACUACUAUGAGAUUGGAUGAUGUGGUUGCAUUUGUCAUGCCGGCAACACCGCCACCACUAGCAGCAACAACCACAACAACAGUCACACCACGCACCACCACCAAAUCAGGCAUAAUGCCCAAAGCCACCAAAUCAGCUAGCAACAGUCGCAGCAGCUCGCUAAGGAAACAGCGACAUCACUUGGAUAUCGACGGUGGUGCUAGCGGUGGUGCCGGUGGCGGUGGUGUUGGCCAGCCAAAGGGCAGCGGCAACGAUAUGAAAACAUCGCAAUCGAUGACCUCGCUGCCAGCGGAUGAGUUGCAACAGGAACGCCGUGAUGUCAUUCAGGCCAAGUUGCAUCUGGAGCGGCCCUACAACAGCCUCAAGAAAAACUCACAGAGCAGCGGCGGCAACAAGUGCUCUUUGGGCAACAGCAGCAACAAUAACAGCAACAACAAAAUGCAUCGUUACUCUUGGGGCAGCGGCCACAGUCAUAGCAGCUCCACCAGUCUGCACAGCAGCGCCACCCUUGGUCUGGGCUCGUCGGGCAAAGACGACCUCUGGGCGGCCAUACAGACAAACUACAAUUAUAUUAUGGACACAAACCUGCUUGAUACGUGCAAAGAGGCGCGGUUUGAAAUUGAGGAGGCGCAGCCAACUUCGCGUGAAUGUAAAUUUACGGGCAGCCAACUUCAUAUUUUGGAUGAAACCCAACGACAAGAAGGUCUUUGUGAAGAUCCCAAGGAGUUGCGGCGUUGGCUACGCGAUAUGGAAAACAAAUUGGAGAGUUCACCAACAAUUUCGGAGUUAACUUUGUAUAGUAAUUCGGAGUUGCAGCGCCAUCUAGCAAUACACUCGGUGUUGUACCAUGAAAUUGUAUCACACGCUCGAGUUGUAAGCGCUUGCAUACGUGCCGCCUCUGAAAGGGAACGGGAACAGUCACAGUUACAAUCGCAGUCACAGUCGCAGUCACAGUCACAGUUACAAACACAACAGCCCGCCUCCCUCACCAGCAAUUGCUCGAGUGAGUCGACUAGCGAAUCUGUGACUAAAUCAAAUAGUCUUAGCAGCGGCUUUGCCUCUGAUGCAGCAGCUCCAUUGACCACGCCCAGCACAGUACAAACAACAGGCACUGUACCAGCAACUACAACAGUUCAUCCACGAAAAGGUGAAGGCAAUUUGGAGCGUCUGCGCGAUCGUUAUCAUCUGCUCUACUUGAAGGCCUUUGAGCUGCAACUCUGCCUGGACAAUUUACUGCGAAAACGCAGCUCCACAGCGAACGGCUUGGAUGACGACGACGAUACGGAAGACGAUUCAUUUGGUUACGAGGGCGAAGGCGACGCUGCCACCGAGGACGAUCUAAACGAAGUGGGCUCCGAUUUGGAUCUGGAGUGCGAGAGUGUUGCACACAGUCACAAUUCCGGCGAGUUGUUGCAACGUUGUCAAGUUGCUGCCACAGAGAUUGUCUCCGCCAACGUGCCAGCUGAGGAUCAGUCACGCGAUUGUAUCGCAACCCAAAAGCCUGGUGACGAGGCAGACGAGGAGCCCGAAGAGGAAGACGACGACGCAGACGUUGUUGAUUUUGUGAUUGCAAAACGCGCUUGGCGCCCGUCGAAAGUCAACAGCAAUUUACCCACCGCACCUGCAACACUCACCGACUUUGAGGCAGACUCUGAGAGCAGCGAUCUGGAGCAGGUGCAACAACUGCGACGAGUCGGAGGUGGAGGUGGAGGCGGAUGCUCAGGCAUAAUUGCUGCAAGUUCCAGGCAUCAUCAUAUGCAACAUCUUCAUGUCGAUAUGUCGCAGACUAACACAAGCAGCAACUCUACGCCCAAUUUAACAAAUCUGUCGCUGUUGCAGACGCGACACGGCAACAAAAUGUUGCCGCCACAGUGCCACAAUCAUAGUGCAAAGCCGAAAAGCAUUGCCGUCGCUGUAAUUACACCCAAUACCCAUAAUCAUCACAAUCACAACAAUCAUCAUCAUCAUAAUGGUCAUGGUCAUGACCUCAACAAGUCGCCGACGGUGCUGAGAAAGUCGAAAGUCGGCCACAAUGACACCUCCAAGUUCAAUCGUUCCAAUCGCAAGUCCAAGAAUUGCGCCAUCUUCUAUUUCAAGCAUCUGGAUACGGAUAAUGAGACGAGCGGCGCUGGGACGGAUGCGACGGGCGAGGGGGAAACUGAUAUUGCCGUUGCCGUUGCCCAGCAACAAAUACUGAAAUCGGCUGAUGCCUCUUCGGAUGACGACGACGAGGGUUGGCUCUACACAGCAGCAACAGCAACUACAGCAGCAGCAGCAGGAGUAACUGCAACAACAACAACAGUUGAUGGUCUGCAGUCGGCUGCCAUCUCGUCGACAACUUCUGGCGCCACAGGAGCAACAGCAACAUCGCCCAGCGACGACUCUGAUAAGGAGAACAAAGAGACGCUGGUGACCACAUCAACAACAGCCACAGCAACAUUAGCAGCAACAACAACAACAACAACGUCUGUUGCUGUUGGUGUCGUGUUGGUUGGCAGUGGGAGUGGCAGCAACAGCAACUACGACAGCAGCAGCGCCUGCUCAUCGUCCAAUUCGAACGGUGUUCAUACUGAGACCUCGGCAACCUCGCGAGUUACUCAAAUGCAGCGCAGCGGCAUCGUUGUCAGCGUCAUGGACAUGGACAUGCAAAUCAAUGGCAACAGCAACAGCAACAGCAACAGCAACAAUCCAAGCAGCCCAAGCAGCGAUGGCAGCAACAGUCGCUCCAGCAGCAGCAGCAACACAAGACACAUCAUUAGCAACAAUUGCUACAAACAACUGCAAAGCGACAACAACAACAGUCAACAGUCACAGCAACAACUGAAUGCCAACCACAUCCACAUCCACAACAACAAUAACAAUAAUCACAAACAUCAGCAACAGUCGCGCUUUGACUCUAAACAGCAACAACUACAGCAACAACAACUGCAACAGAACUCUGAUGAGGCAACUGCGGCUGAUAAUGCAAAUGGAAAUGCAGCACAGCUGCAUAACAACAACAAUUGUAGUUUCUACAGUCGCGCAGACAUUUGCAACAUUAGUGUUUGGCCCAAUGAGAUGAGUAACUGCAUCAGCAAUGGGAAUGUCCAUCCAAAUGCCAAUGGAAAUCGCUUGCCACCAAGAUCACCAGCCAAGUCGGCCAAGUCGCAGGCGAGCAGCAGCAAUGCCACAAUGUCGCCAUCGAAGGGCAAGGUCUCGCAUGAUUCAAUCAAGCAGCUUGUACUCGAAGCGGAGCAUUUGGUGCGCGACGCUCAGGAGGCAGCAUUAAAGACGCCAACGAAGCAGAAACAUUCCAUCAUCAAGAUUUCCUCGACGGUCAAAAAGCGCGACAUCAUCAUGCCCGGUCCCAUCAAGCAGCGUGUCGAGGAAUGGUUGGAACAUCAGCCAUCAACACCGCAGCUUUUGAAUCGCAAUCAUCAUUCACAUGAGGCACCCACAAAGCCGGAUGAUUGUGAAGCGUCCGGUGAGGCAUCUGAAACGGAUUCCAUGCCACAAAAGGAUGCUGUUUGUGGUGUCGGUUCGGAUUCCUCGGAAGGAUUCACCGACUCCAUUGCCACCUGCAUGCAGACGAGCACGAAUUCGUAUGGCAACUCCACGGAACGCAUUGGCGGCUCCGCUGAACCCAUUCACCAACCAGCGACUCCUCUUGGCUUCGGCAGCAGCAAUCAGAGUCUGAAUGUGAAGAUUGUAAAGCGUCCACAGACGCGUCGCAAGUCGGAGCGUCCCUGGUCCGUCUCCUGUCUGUCGCAGUUGACCACAGAUGCUGCCCAGUUGACGACAACAAUUGCAGCUGUUGGCCAGAGCUCUCCUCCGGGCUUGGCCAGCCAUUCGAUCAGUGAGAGCGCCUUGGAUUCACUCUCGCCGGGACCACGUGCUCGGGCUGCCUCCUCCUCGGGCACGGGCAGCAAUGCCGCACGGAAGGCGGACAGCAAGGGAUCCUUGCGUCGUCGCCGAGCACGCAAGAAGCGCAUCUCGGCUGCGUCGGGUGGCAGAAAGUCCGACUCGGGAUCCGAGGCACACGGGGAUCUCACACAGACCCUGAUGAAGUCCUGUGAGUCGAUGUCAUCCCAGCAGCUGCAGGAGUUCACCAACGCAUUGUUGAACAUACAGAAAGGCGGCUCUCCCGCCAGUCCCAAGUUGGAUGAACCUGUUCCCGAGGGCGAGACAGAAUCCCAGUUGAUGGUGCCCAAAUUUCGAGUGGGUUCCUUUACCACAGCUGCCCUGAUGGCAAGUGAGAUUCGCUUGGGCGCCUUGGCAGCUCUCUCCAACUAUAUGAACGAGGAUGAACAGCAAGCCGAACUGAGCACUGAGGAUCAUCAUAGCAGCAUUUCGGAGACGGCAUGGGAUAAUUAUCAAGAGAAAUACAAUUCGGAGAAUUAUUCCGAGGGCUUUGAUUCGGAUGCGGCGCGUCGUCUGUUGGAAUUUGGCGAUGACUAUCGCAAUUUCAUUGAUUCGCAGUCGGAUUGCUGCAGUUCGCUGUCGGCGGCCAACAAUCUGGAUUCAUUCUCGCCACCUCGCAUGGAUUCACUGCAGCAGCACGAGCUGAAGGCGUUGCACAUCAAUCAGGAGACAAUCAGCAGCAGCGUCGAUCACGCUCGUCGCCAGCGUGCCCUCGAGUUGCAAUACGAGCGACGUCGCAAGACGCUCGAGGUGCGACGCAAGUCGUGUCAAGAUAUGGCUGAGGCCAUCAGCUCACAGAAGGAGCAGCAGCAACAACAACAGGUGACUACUGCAAAUCUUUCCUCGUCGGCCACCGCGCUGAUGACACCCAAGAAUCCGCCCACUCAGUUGCCAGUCCGUAAUGAAUCUGUGGGCCGUAAACUGGAGUUUGGUGGCGGCAUGAGUCACUCGGCGCAGUCGCUGCUGCGUCGCACCUCGGAGAGCGACACAUCGACACGUCGUCGUCGCACUGUCACCGCCGAUGAGCGAAGACGCUCCUCACGCAAUCUGGAGAAGUGCAUUAAACUGAUUCCAGCCACAUCCUCGUCGAGUGGCGAUGACUCCGAGGAUGGGGAGCAGGAGAUGCGCUCUCUUCUCCAGCAGAGUCGCGAUAGACUUGAGGAUACGCGUGCUCUCAAAAUACGCUGUCAUCUGCUGAGACCCGAGGAUUAUAACGAGAUUAUCAACACUUGCCGGGAUAACAUACGCUGCCUGGAGGCCGUGCUGAGAGGUCCGCCUGGUACGGUGCUAUCAACACACUGCGCCGGCCAGACAAAAGAUCUAUUGGCUGCUUGGGAGGAUCUGCUUAACUGGAGCGAGAAUGCAGCCGCCGCACGCAAACUGCAGCAGGAGAUGAGUGCACUGAAGCACACGCUGUGCCGACUCGGCGAUAAUGCCACACCCGAGUUGCUCGACACGGAGCCGGCCAUACAAAUUGCCGUUGAGGCAUUGAAGCACGAACAGACACAACUGGGCAGCUAUCGCACCAACAUGUUGCGCCUCAAUGCCUCCGUUCACAGCUGGCUGACACGUCAGGAGCGCCGUCUGCAACAGGAGCAACUACAGCAGCAGCAGCAGCAACAACAGGAGUCCGAACAACUUCAACAACAAAAGGAAAUUCUACAAAAGGUGGAGCAGGCAAAGGUGCAGAGGCAACAGGAAGAUAUGGCCACAGCAGGUGGAACUGCUACAGUGGCCAUCACGGUGACGGACAGCAAUGGUAACCAGGUGAUGGAAGCCUCCACUGGCACCACUUGGGAUGUGCAGAGUUUAAUGAGCGCCGAGCAGGAGUUCCACAAGCAUCUCAAGGAUGAGGUCAGCGACAUGUACAGCGCCUGGGACGAAGCAGAUGCGAGAAUCAACACGCAGCUGGAGAUGCUCACAAACUCAUUGAUUGCCUGGCGUCAACUCGAGUGUGGAUUAAGUGAGUUUCAAUUGGCUUUGGGCCAAGAUCGUGGCACACUCAAAGGAUUGGAGGGUGCUUUGGACAAGGGACAGGCAACACCUGUGGAGCUGGCACAGAAUGUGAAGCUCGUGGCCAAGCUGCUGUCCGAGAAGGUCAACGUUAGCCAGGAGCAACUGUUGGCCGUACAACAGCAUCUUGAUCCCAAUCACAUUUAUCACAUUGCCAAGUUUACAGCCUCCAAUGGCUCGCUGUCCGAUUCGGGCAUCUCUGAUGGUGGCGCCACCUCCGAUGGUGGUUUGUCCGAGCGUGAACGUCGUCUGGGCGUGCUACGUCGUCUGGCCAAGCAACUGGAGCUGGCUUUGGCACCUGGCAGUGCUGCCAUGCGCUCCAUUGCCGCACGCAUGGAAAGCGCCGAGGCGGAGUUGAAGCAGUUGCAAAAUACUUGCCGGGAUUUAAUUGUGCGCACAGCUGCCUCACAUCAACAGAAGCAGCAGGAGCAGCAGCAACAGAAGCAACAAGUGGAGCAGCAGCUGACCAAUGGGCAUGUGAAGCAGCAGUCGGUAAAGUCGCCCAAUUCACAAAGCUCGCCCGGCAAGCGACGAAACGCGCGCAAAACGCGUCAAGCGGCAGAGAAAUUAGAGCUGCAACAACAGCAACAACAGUUGCAGCAGCAACAGGAGCAACAGGUGGUGGAACAACUACAACGUAUUGUUGCAGCUGGUGGUGGUGGUGAUGAUCCACCCGAGGAUCCGGCCAAUGAGGCAGCCUUGCUUGACAGUUCCGAGGAUGAGGAUGAAAACGCUCCCAAGUCGCAGCGUCGUGGAUGGGCGUGGCGCAUUGCAAGGGCGGCGGUGCCGAUGCAAUUGGCGCUGUUCACCUUCUUCUGUGCUGCCUGCAUGAUGCAGCCCAAUUGCUGUGACAAUCUCAACAAUCUGUCCAUGAGUUUUACGCCUCAGCUGCGUUAUAUACGCGGCCCUCCUCCAAUUUGAGCGUCGCGAGUUGCGCGCGUUUUGCACGCGAUCUUUAAAAAAUUGUCGCAGCCGCAAACGCGCGCGUUUUUAAGUAGGCAUCAAAUAAUUUACAAUAUGAAGUACGUUAAGUGAUCUACAAGUUGGAUCUAAAGCGGGUCAACAGCCAGAUAUAUACCCGAUAUACUAGGCGACCUCCACAAUGAGGCGACUCCAGCGCGCGUUUUGCACGCGUUUUAUCGCGCGAUUUCCGCGCGUUACCUUGGCAAACGCGACUUUGAAGCAAUCGUAAGUAAGGAGAUUUAGUAGAUUUUUUUUGGUUGUCCUUUUAUGAAACGGAGGCACUUAGUUUUUUAUGCAACGCAAGUUAUACUUAAGCUAUACUUAAAUAGAUUUUGAUUCGUUUGAUUAAUUCAUUUGGUAUUUGUCUUAGGAAUUUAAUUUGCGGUUCUUACAAUAAUUUUUUUAUUCAACUGAGAAAAAGCGUUUAAAAUUAAGUGCAAGAAAACAAAAACUUUAGGUGCAGACAGAUCAAAGGAUCAUUGCAUGAUUUAUGAACAUGAAUACGUUAUGUACUUACAACCAAGUUAAUGGGAGCAUUUCCCGUCCCGCCCAUCGAGUAAGAGACCCAUGACAAGCUCCAGUUACUAGAAAUACAAUUUAUUAAAGAGACAUUUUUGUAAACUUUUCGGUUUGAAAAACACGUCAAGUGCCUACAAGACCCAACAAUAAAAAAGGGCUCAGAAAGAGACAGAAAGAAUGAUAAAACGAGAGAGGGAAACAGAGUGCAUAUCGAGCCAGGCAUAUAGAGCUGAAAAGAAGCUAAGCCAAUCUAUAAAAGGCAACUGAGAAGCCUUGGGCAAUAUUAACUUCAACAAAAACCAGUUGAGAAUUAGAGUUUCUAUUUUUAUACAACGCAAAUGCAAGAAUGCAAUUUAUAUAUGGAACGAGCAUUGGUCACAUUUUUUGUCCAUCUUAAGCUCUAAUAAAUUCAGUUUUAUGUCUAUUAUAUUAAUAGGAUAAAUUUAAUUCAAAAUACAAAAAAAAAAAAAAUGAUUAAAGUAUAAGAUGCAAGAAAAUCAACUAAAAGAGAUGAACAGAUAGAAUAUAUAGAUUCAUAAUGUAUCUGAAAAGUUGUUAGAUCUACUACUUAAUAUACACUACUUAUUCGGCAAAAAAGCAAUUAAAUUAUAAUCUACUUUUAAGUUUCGUAUAUCCUUGUGCGUUUUUUCAAUAUAUUGAA